UAUAGCUAUACUCAAAAACUUUGACACAAGAACGGUACGUGGGGAAAAGUGUUUGGUCGGUUCUGUCGAAGAGUGUUAGCUGAAGGCAUGGGAGACAAUAAUGAAGAGGAGAGCUGCAGUAUAUCCCCGAGCCUGGUUUCACUCGGUAGCGAGAUCAAGGCCGGGAUGCAGCAGUUUUUGAAGGAAAGGACGGAGGCCAACAUGUGGACGGCUGUGCUGAUUGGAGCUGUGACAGUUGUUUCGGUCCUUGGCGUUGUUGUUCUCCUUCUUUACAGAAGAUACAAACUGUCAAAGGAGGCUGGCGUUCCACAAUAUCGCUUCAGGAAGAGAGACAAGGUGAUGUUCUACGGCCGAAAGAUCAUGAGAAAGGUUCAGACGCUGUCCUCAGUCCCUGCCUCUAAUUCAAACUCAGCUUCCCGGCAGAGAGUGAGGAAGAGGACCAAAGUCCUGUCGAUAGCUCGCAAGAUCCUGCGCAUCCGGAAGGAGCCCCCCACCCUGCAGCCCAAGGAGCUUCCUCCAUGUCUGCUGGAGGCUGACCUGACUGAGUUUGAUGUGCAGAACUCCCAUCUGCCCUCUGAGGUGCUGUACAUGCUGAAAAAUGUCAGGGUGCUUGGCCACUUUGAGAAGCCUCUUUUCCUGGAGCUGUGUCGUCACAUGGUGCUGAUCCAGCUGCAUCAGGGAGAGGGACUCUUCCGACCGGGGGACACCGAUGACAGUAUUUACGUGGUUCAAGAUGGCCGCCUGGAGCUGUGCAUCCGUGAGAGCGAUGGUACCGACGCUGUGGUGAAGGACGUUCUACCAGGAGACAGUGUUCACAGUUUGCUCAGUAUCCUGGACAUCAUCACUGGCUAUCCAGCUCCGUACAAAACAGUGUCUGCAAGAGCUGCAGUUGCCACCACUAUCCUGCGACUCCCAGCUGCAGCCUUCCAAUCAGUCUUUGAGAAAUAUCCUGAAACUAUGGUCCGUGUCAUCCAGAUCAUCAUGGUGCGUCUCCAGAGAGUGACCUUCCUUGCCUUACACAACUACCUUGGUUUGACCACUGAGCUCUUCAACCCGGAGAGCCAAGCCAUCUCUUUGGUGUCGCUGGCCCAUGUUCUGGGUGAGGGUCAUCCACACAGAGGCCACCGCAGGCAGCCUUCCCACUCUGAUGAUCUGGGCUCCGAAAAAAGUGACACAGAAAAGUCCAGCUUCUUGGACACGUCAACUUCUAAAUACAAGAAAUCUCGCUCGCAAUCCACCCCAAUGGCUGUUACAGGUGACAUGUCAGUGAACCUCAACACAGUGUAUGAACAGGUCAAAGCUGACAAAGAGGACGCUCUGGCUCACAAUCCUGUGAAGUCUAUUCUAAAGAAGAGUGUGACGAUGCAGGACACUCCAUCAGCUGUUUACUACUAUAGUGAUGCUGGAGGAGGAAAUGUCCAGCAUAAUAAAGUUAAUGCCAUUUUCCAAGCUGCCAAAAAGGAUCUGCUGCAGGUCCUCCAAAUACAGGACGCCAGCCUGCUGGAGGGGAGGGUGAAUCUUCGGCAGGUCAAAGCCGGUUCUGUUGUGGCCAACCAGGGAGACCAGGAUGUGAGCGUGGCAUUUAUCAUCUCGGGGUUGCUCCAUGUUUACCAGCGUAUGAUAGACCGUGAGGAGGAGACCCUGCUGUUCGUCACCCACCCAGGAGAGUUGGUGGGUCACCUGGCUGUUCUCACGGGGGAGCCCCUUAUCUUCAGUGUCCGGGCUCACAAAGACUGCACCUUCCUCUCCAUAUCCAAGGCCCACUUCUAUGAAAUGAUGCGCGAGGAGCCCAGGGUGGUGUUGAACGUAGCUCACACUGUGGUGAAGAGAGUGUCGCCAUUUGUCAGACAGAUUGACUUUGCCCUGGACUGGAUGGCUGUGGAGGCCGGCCGUGCCGUCUACAGACAGGGAGACAAGUCGGAUAGCACCUUCAUCGUCCUCAGUGGCCGACUGCGCUCUGUCGUCGCACAGGAUGAUGGGAAGAAGGAGCUGGCUGGAGAGUAUGGCCGUGGGGAUCUAAUCGGCGUGGUCGAGGCGCUGACCCACAUGAAUCGAGCCACCACGGUCCACGCUGUCAGAGACUCUGAGCUCGCCAAGCUACCUGAAGGGGCUCUGAACUCCAUCAAGAGGAGGUAUCCUCAGGUUGUCACCCGGCUGAUUCAUCUGCUGGGACAGAAGAUCCUGGGCAACAUGCAGCAGGUCAAUGGGCCUCUGGCUGCUCGUAGUCUGGCUCUCCAGACCCCCACCAGCAAGUGGGAUGCUGGGAAUCCAGCCUCCAACCUGUCCACUGUGUCCAUUCUGCCUGUGUCUGAGGACGUCCCCCUCACUGCCUUCACUCUGGAGCUGCAGCAUGCACUCAAUAGCAUCGGCCCCACUCUACUCCUGAACAGUGACUCCAUCAAACAGUGCCUAGGCUCUGCUGCUUUGGACAGUGUCCAUGAGUACCGUCUGUCCAGUUGGCUCGGGCAGCAGGAAGACAUCCAUCGCAUCGUCCUCUACCAGUCUGACUCUAGCCUCACGCCUUGGACCCAGCGCUGCAUCCGCCAGGCUGACUGCAUCAUCAUUGUGGGACUGGGGGAGCAGGAGCCCACUGUGGGGGAGUUGGAGCGAAUGCUGGAGGGCAGUGCAGUCCGUGCUCAGAAGCAGCUGGUGCUGCUGCACAGGGAGGACGGCCCACCGCCCAAGGGGACGGCCGAGUGGCUGAACAUGCGGAGCUGGAUCUCCAGACACCAUCACCUGUCCUGCCCCCGCAGAGUGUUCUCCCGGAGGAGUUUACCUAAGCUGAGAGAGUUGUACCAGCGUGUGUUUGAAAAGAUUGCAGAUCGUCAUUCCGACUUCUCUCGUCUGGCCAGGAUCCUGACAGGAAACAGCAUCGCCCUUGUGCUUGGUGGAGGGGGCGCCAGGGGUUGCUCUCAGGUGGGUAUCCUGCGCGCCCUGAACGAGGCGGGGAUCCCUGUUGACAUGGUGGGUGGCACCUCCAUCGGCUCCUUCAUGGGAGCGCUGUACGCUGAGGAGAAGAGCAACAGUCACAUGAGGGUCCGGGCUCGGGAGUGGUCCAUGGGUAUGACCUCUUACUUUAAGAAGAUCUUGGAUCUGACCUACCCUGUUACCUCCAUGUUUUCUGGAGCGUCCUUUAACUCCAGCAUUAGCUCCGUCUUCAAGGGCAAACAGAUAGAGGACCUGUGGCUGCCAUACUUCAACAUUACAACAGAUAUCACAGCUUCCUCCAUGAGAGUUCACACUGACGGUUCACUGUGGCGGUAUGUCCGGGCCAGUAUGUCACUGUCUGGUUACCUGCCACCUCUCUGUGAUCCCAAAGAUGGACACUUACUCAUGGAUGGAGGCUACAUCAACAACCUGCCUGCCGAUGUGGCUCGCUCUAUGGGGGCCAAGGUUGUGAUUGCAAUAGAUGUUGGAAGUCGGGACGAAACCAACCUCACCAACUACGGGGACUCGCUGAACGGCUGGUGGCUGCUGUGGAAACGCUUCAACCCUCUGGCUGAAAAAGUCAAGGUCUUGAACAUGGCCGAGAUCCAAACCCGGCUUGCCUACGUCUGCUGUGUGCGGCAGCUGGAACUGGUCAAAGACAGUGAUUACUGCGAGUACAUCCGGCCGCCCAUCGACCGCUACGGCACACUAGAGUUCGGCAAGUUUGAUGAGAUCGCUGAGGUGGGAUACCAGCACGGAAAGACAUUGUUCGAUGUGUGGCAGCGCAGCGGCGUGGUGGACAGCAUGCUCAAGGACAGACAUCAGGAGGAGUUCCACAAGACCAAAACUGGCCAUGUGGUCACCUGUCCGAAUGCCUCCUUCACAGACCUGGCGGAGAUCGUGUCGAGAAUUGAACCCAUCAAGAAUGCCUUAAUUGAUGAGGAACUGUCAGAAGAAAACCAGACAGACUACGAUGAGGAGGCGGUGGAAAGCGCUCUCUCUGACUUUGAGGCGUUCGCCCAUGGCAGUGAACACACUGACACUGCUGAAACAGAUGAGGAAAUUCCAAUCCGAGUUCGCCGCCGCCCAAAGAACGCCUCGCGGUCUUAGGCCGUGACCAACGUCCACAACAACCACAUUUCAAUGCAGUGUUUCUGCCAUCCUUUGAGAAAUUCACUGAGAUUGCAUUACAAACAUGUAGCUCAUACUCUUGAGCCAGGCAGCAUGCUCUGUGUCUUUGAGGAAGACACUGAUCAGGACACACAACUGUUGAUGGAUACAGUGACUUCAACAGAAAGAGUUAGUUAUAAUUGAGUGAAGAGCCCCAAUGUGCUUUGUAAAUGUCAGUGGUUUAAACAGUUUAGUAACAACCAGGGUUCCUGUCGUUGAGGAAUUCCUAAAAUAUUAUUCAUCUAGGAGACGUGUAUUCCAAACAGGGAAAUAUAUGAUCUGUCUGUUCUCUUGGGGAAGUCAGGGAACAGCAAAGGAUUUUACAAAUCGGUUAUUUUACGGGAGCACAGUAGAGUUUAUUUUUAUUUGUUGACUUGUAUGGCAGUUACUUGCUGUCAUAGUUGUGGAAAAAUAGGUAAAAUGUAUGACUCAGAUGGAAUGUAUGGCACAUCUCGCACAAGCUUAAAAAUGCACUGCAAUCGUUCAACAUAAUAUUUCAUAAAAUGCUGUGCCACUUUUUGGGACAGUUCUAUGCAUAGCUGCUUUCUACAAUAAUACAGUCAGAGUCAUAAAGCACUAUAGUGCAUUUCAUAAUGUUAAAACAUUGAAAAUACAUUUUAUGUGCCUAGAAUUUACUUCAAGUAGUAUUACCCUAAUGUCUGCCUAAUGAUGAAGAAUGUCUCCUCUUUCAGAUCAGGGAUAUCUUAACACCGUGGGUGUGACAAGUAUAAUGUGAAUAAUGACUAUAAUAAGCUUUUUUGUAAUACCUGCAAAACUACUCACUGGCAAAGUCAGAAUUCUGACUCUUUUAAAAAAAAAAAUUUUUUUUUUUUAGACUUUAAAAAAAAGGUCAGGAUUCUGACUUUAUUCUCAGAAUUCAAAUACAUUAUUUGACAUUUGGUCCUAAUCAUCUUCCGUAUUACUCCUAUAUGUGCCUAUUUGAACCGACAAAGCAGGUGUGCCUGGAUACACCCUCGCUGAGUUUGCACACGUGACCGACCACUUUGUGCUGGUCCUUUCAACUGUUCCGUUGGAAUAGAUUAUACAAGUGGACCAGCCUUCAUUUUUCAGAUUUCCUCUUUUUAUAUAAAGGUAUGGUUUUUGAACUUUGAUCAAAGUGAAUUAGUUAGUUUACACCGUUUUUUUCUUUCCGUUACCUGGAGACAGGACAGAGCAGUGUGACUCACUUACUGAACCAGUUCUUCAUGCAUCUUUAUACAGACAGUAGCAGAUAACUGUGUGAGGAACAGACAACCUAACAGCUUCAAGACAUGACUUACACACGCCCUUGUACCUGGACUUUUUAUGUUUUAACUGUAUGAUAGAAUAAGAAUACCUACAGUGGUACCUAAAAAAUACUAUACCUGACAAUUAAUGCGACAUUACACUUUUUAUACCUGCCAUUUGUCCUUUUUAAUCACCGUGGUUACAGAGCUCCUGUGGUUUUGAAUUAGUGUUUCAUUGUUUUAAGUUUUUGUGUCUGGAAGGCAGAAAAGUGUAAUGAGUGUAGUGGCUUUCAUAAUAAUCUAAAUACCAUGUUUGCUUAUGUUAAUAAUUUUGUGUUAAUAGGGAGAACUACUGUAUGGCAAAAAAAUAUUCUGUUAGACGUUGCCUUUCAAUAACUGGAUGCCUUAUUUUCAAUUUGUUACUUAUUAUUUGUUAUUGUUAAUACUGUAGUAGUUUAAUAAUUUAGAAUAUUUAAUUAUGUAUAUUUAGUGAACAAACUCCUAGGUUUAACAUAUGCACUAUUUGAUAGUAAAGCCCAAAUUAUGGAAAAACUCAACAGAGAAGUCCAGAAGAUUAAUUAUUUUUUGGAAUCUGAAAUGAUUAAACUGUUUGUUAAAAUAAAGUAGUUUUGUAUGUCAGUCCAUGUGUCAAAGGGUUGAACAUAUAUACAUUUUAGUUCAGAUUAAUGUUUUUAAGCUAUGUGAAGCAAUGCUUUUUCAACUUUUACAGAUACAUAAUAAAGUCAAUUAUAGUCAAAAGUGCUAAAAGUCCAACACUGUUUGUGUCAAGUGCAAGAAAUAGCACAGAUAUCAUUUCUAUGAAUUGCAGUGUAUGUCUGAUCGAUUGGUCAACACACCCCUUUCCAGACUGAAAUAUCCCAACAACUUUGAGAUGAAUUGCCAUUAAACCUUUGUACAGAUAUUCAUGUUUUCCAGAGAAUGAAUCCUACCGACUUUGGAAGUCUCAUGACUCUCCAUCUAGCACCACCGUGAGGUUGACAGUUGUAUGUUUUACUUAAACUUUUCCUUGGAUUUCCAUUAAAUUUGGUGCACAUAAA